AAAGUGAAAAAUUAAGCUUUACUUUUUUUUUUUCCAAGUAGGACCGGUUCAGAAAUUUCUCUCCCCGUGGCAAUAGGGGACUUGAGGAACAAGAGGUCCUGGCCUGGACACUGGUUCCAACCUUCAAAUUCUUGCAAUUUGUCUUGUUACAUUCUUGUGCAUUGGUCACACUACUGCAGCAAGGUUUAUGGGAAGUAGCCAAAGUGCAACUUAGUCAUCAGCCGCAGCUCUCAUUUGCAGCUCUAUAGUAGGCCCCUGAACCUAGCAGCGGAGAAGAGGCCAGGCGGCAGCAGCAGCUCACAGCAGCCCGACAUGCUGUGUGCCAAACCGCCCUUUUUCCCAGGCUUCGGUCUUAGCGACCUGGGGCGGCGUGCUCGCAAGGACCCGGAGAGAAACCCGCCCGAGCAUGCUUGGGAGUGGGAGCCUGGUGGCAGGGUGCAUUGCCAGGUUCCUGAUGAACCCAGAGAACCCUCCACCAUAUCCGGGCCCCGGGCCAACAGCCCCAUACCCACCUUAUCCACAACAGCCAAUGGGGCCUAUGGGAGCCCCACCUCCUCAGGGGUACCCCUACCCACCACCUCAGGGGUACCCCUAUCAAGGAUACCCACAGUACGGAUGGCAGGGUGGACCUCAGGAGCCUCCUAAGACCACAGUGUAUGUGGUAGAAGACCAAAGAAGAGAUGACCUGGGCCCAUCCACCUGCCUCACAGCCUGCUGGACUGCUCUGUGUUGCUGCUGCCUGUGGGACAUGCUCACCUGAUCACCUGAUGAGCCUAGCUCUUCUGCUUGGCCGCUCUGUGCCACUCCGAUAGGUGUGCCUGGGCCCACCUCUUCUGAUUGCUGUAUUGACUAGCUCUGCGCAGACACCUCUACUCUCAGUCCUAUGGAGUUUUAGACUAGUGAGGGUUUCUGCUAUUUAGUUCAGUGACUUGAUCUUUUUAAUGUUCAAAACUCAUUUCUUACUGAUCUUUAACAAAUGUGCUAAAUAAUUUCCCUUUUUUUUUGGCCAAAGGCUUAGUUAUGAAAUAUAUAUUUAUAAUGUUUAAAUUAUACACUCAAGGUAAUGGCAAUAUGUGACACACCACUAGAUCUCUGCUCACACCCUAUAUGUUUCAAUAAAUCUGUCCAAAAUC